CGGGACCUGAGAGAGGGGAGGGGACAGAGGAGGAGACACACCUGAUCAGCCCGGGAGACCUCGAGGAAGGCGGUCUGCGGGGAGGAAGUGAGGGCGAGGGCGGGGAAGCAAGGGGCGCCCUGCCAGCAAAGUGGGGUUCGCGGGCCCUGCCCUCCCACGCACCGUGCGGUGACCAACCGCCCGACGGACGUUCAGGUGGACGGCUAAGAAACUCGUACCCGGACACACGCACGAGCGCAGAACAAAAGGCCAAACACGCUCCGAGCCCGCUCCGCCCCGCGCUCCCGGUCCCAGGUUACCUGCGCAGCUUCUUGCCCAGGCCAACCCUUCCAUGCUGUCUUCAAGCCCUCCUUCCUGUACGUCUCCCAACCCAGACAGGGAGAAUCCAAGUAAGAAGGUCCAGUGGUCUUCUGGGAGAAGAAGGACAUCAUCCACAGACUCAGAGUCAAAGCCCCAUCCUGACCCCUCCAAAGUGCCCAGGUCCCGGAGACCCAGCCGGCUAACAGUGAAGUACGACCGGGGACAGCUCCAGCGCUGGGUGGAGAUGGAACAGUGGGUAGACGCACAGGUUCAGGAGCUCUUCCAGGAUCAACCAGCCCUGUCUGAGCCAGAGAUUGACCUGGAGGCGCUCAUGGAACUACCCACAGAGGAGCAAAAGACUCAUUUGGAGGCCAUUCUCCAAAACUGCCCCCGGCCCACAGAGUCCUUUAUCUCUGAGCUACUCAGUCAACUCAAGAAACUCCGGAGACUCAGCAGGCCUCAGAAGUAAGCCUUGUGAGACCACCUUCAACAGCCUCAGCAGUGCCCAGGCCUGCCAUGAACAUCUGGAUCCUGGGCUGUGGAGAGUCCUCCUUGGGACACAGACAAGGAAGGUGGCAG